AUGGCGGCUAGGGUAAUAACGGUGUCCCAAGACGGCAAUGGAGACUACCGAACAGUACAGGAAGCAAUAGACGCGGUUCCACUCUGUAACACAUGUCGAACGAUCAUUCGACUGUCACCUGGUGUUUACAAGCAGCCCGUUUAUGUUCCCAAGACUAAGAACUUCAUCACCUUGGUUGGUCUCCGACCUGAGCUCAGUCUUCUUACCUGGAACAAUAACGCUACUAAAACUGAACAUCACCAGGCUUCCAGGGUGAUUGGGACAGGGACGUUUGGCUGUGGGAGUGUGAUUGUGGAAGGAGAGGAUUUCAUUGCAGAGAAUGUCACUUUUGAAAACUCUUCUCCACAGGGUUCUGGGCAAGCUGUGGCAAUCAGAGUAACGGCAGACCGAUGUGCAUUCUAUAAUUGCAGAUUUCUGGGGUGGCAGGAUACUCUCUACCUGCAUUAUGGAAGACAGUACUUGAAAGAUUGCUAUAUUGAAGGAAGCGUGGACUUCAUUUUGGGAAAUAGUACAGCUCUCCUAGAGCAUUGUCAUAUCCACUGCAAGUCAGAUGGUUUUAUAACUGCACAGAGCAGGAAAUCUUCUCAGGAAUCAACUGGUUACGUGUUUUUGAGAUGUGUCAUAACAGGCAACGGAGGGUCUUCAUAUUCAUAUCUUGGGCGUCCAUGGGGACCCUUUGGAAGGGUGGUGUUUGCAUACACUUAUAUGGAUCAAUGUAUCAAACAUGUAGGUUGGAAUAACUGGGGAAAAGCAGAAAACGAGAGAAGUGCUUGCUUUUAUGAGUACAGAUGUUAUGGCCCCGGCUGUUGUCAAUCAAAACGAGUUACUUGGGCUAGGGAACUGCUGGAUGAAGAAGCAGAACAAUUCCUUAUGCAUGGAUUCAUUGACCCUGAUCCAAGCCGACCUUGGCUUGCUCAAAGAAUGGCUCUGAGAAUACCAUAUUCUGCUUAGAAGUCACCAUGGAAGCUGGCAUGCGUUGAUAAUCAGCGAUGUAAUGGAUUUUCACCU